CUUUAAUACGGCGCGAAUCGCCGUUUUGGGAAGAUGAGUGAGUUUUGUUAAGUGGGAUGUUAUGGUUUUAUUUUUUGCCCAGAAACUGUUAUGAAAUACUUACAUUUUACAUGAAUAUGUUGGUCGUAGCCAUACUGUUCUCUAGACUGAAUAAACCGGUAUUGUUUUGUUUCCUUAUUACUGAAUGCUUCCACCGGAAGUGUCAUGGUUCUCCUCAGAGAAGGUCUGUGUCCAGGGUUGAGUGAAGACCUCAUCAAGGUUCUACAUGAAGGAGAUGUUAGAACAGUUGAGGACCUUAUAUUGUCUGACCCAGAGCAACUGGCCCUGAAAUGCUCAGUGUCUUAUAAGGCCUUGGUAGCAGUUCGACGUGUGCUCCUGGCUCAGCACGCGGCAUUUCCUGUCUCAGGAGCCGACCUGUACGACGAGCUGCUGAGCUCCACUUCUAUUCUGUCCACCGGAAUCGCCAGUGUGGACAAGCUGCUUGACUCGGGUCUGUACACAGGCGAGAUCACUGAACUGUGCGGAGGACCAGGAACAGGUAAAACACAGACGUGCUUCAGCGUAGCCGUCCAUGUUGCCCAAGAGCUCAAGCAGAAGGUAACGUACAUCGACACAAACGGAGGACUAUACGCUAAACGGCUGCUUCAGAUUCUCCAGCAGAAAACCGGCAAUACAGCAGAGCAGAUGAACGCUCUUCAGAGGAUCGACGUGCUCCGAGUGUUUGACAUCUUCACCUUACUGUCCUGCCUUCAAAAUCUAAGAGCCAGCAGCCUCCAGAAGGGAUCAGUCGGCGUAGGUGGUUCGGUCAAAGCCGUGAUUGUGGAUUCCGUCUCGGCCGUGCUCUCACACAUGCUUGGAGGGAAACAGAACGAAGGUAUGUCCUUGAUGAUGCAGGUGGCUACAGAGCUGAAAAUAAUCGCCAAAGAAUUUAACGUAGCCGUUCUGGUGACCAAUCAUGUGACGCGAGAUGGGAACAAUCAGCUGAAGGCAGGACUGGGGCAUUCAUGGAGUCACGUUCCACGCACACGAAUCCUCCUUCAGCGAACCGAGCAGCCCGGAGCUUCUUCCAGCUCACGUACUGCGACUCUUCUUAAAUCCUCUCGGCGGCCCUGCUACCUGACGGAGGAGUUUGACUUGAGCCCACAGCCUCAGGAAGAGUCACGACCUGGGUUUACUGGGAAGAGAAAACUGGACGCUGAUUCAUAAGAAGCUGCACUACUAACAUUUAGAUUCUUCUUCAGGACGGGUCUGUCUUUCAGCAAGGGGGAAUCACUCUUCUUUUCCUGAUGCACUGCCAGAUCCAGUUGGAGCUGACUUUCUGGGCUUGGCUGUUCUCCUCUGGCUCGGCCAGCGUGUGUGUUGCAGAGGCAGCGGCGUAAUCGGGAACUAGAUCGCCGUCGUACGCCACAAAGUAGCGCCGCAGCUUGUCGAACUCCGGUACCGACUGUGGGAGGUACAGCUUUACACCGGUGAAGAUGUUCAGCAGGGUCUGCAAACGUGGGUUCAUGAGCAAAUUCUAAUGAAUCAUUUCAAGUAAGGAACAAAACGCAUCACUUUGUGUUACAGGGAAAGAAAGUAACCACCCUGUUGUUGGUUAUUUUCCUUUAAGAGCAUGUCCUGAGGCGUUUUAUUCCUCUUAUAGCACAGGAACUUUAAUCAGUUACUAUUUUAGCUUACGAAAGAAUGACAAGUUCUACUUUUUUAUCCAUUUGUGGUUAAAUUUGAUGACGUGAAAUGUCCAUGAUAGCUAUUCUGUUAGUGUUUAUUACAUCUUAAUAAAGCUACAGCAUUAUCGAGUGCUGAGACUGAAUAUGU